CCCCGAGAUCUUCGAUCAUUGUCAACCUCGCUUGCUUCUUGCUCCAGCUGAUGUUGACUUCGGCAGCUCCGUCAUUCUGACUCACCGUUAUCUUCAAACACCGAACAGAAAUAUAACUCAACGGCGAGAAAGGAUUCGCCAGUAUCACGGCGGAGACGGCGAUGAUGUUCUUACCUGCAGCCUCCCUGUACCGCCACUGCUGAUUUUUCGCACCUACACCAUUCCAAUCAUCGCCGGCGACAAAUUCGAUGUCGGUUUCAUCUUUCCAAUCCUUAACACCCUUAUCCCGAAGUUCCAGAGCCGAAAUCGCCUCGCCGUCCUCUGCUGCUCUCACUUUUCCCGCCACCGUGAGAGUUGGAACCGAGCUAGGAUCUCUUCGGAGUAGAGGCGGCCUCGUAGUCGCCCAUGGAAGGUCCUCCAGUUUCUGCCGGAAGCUUCGUCGGUUGAAACUCUGGCAGAUGCUCAACGUGGGACAGUGGUGGAGAGAGCCUUCUCCCGCUAAAGAGUUGAAGAAGAAGAAGAACAUCAUCACCAACAACAACCAGGCAUCUCCUGCAGAAUUAGUGGAGACUCCAUUGAGAAGCUCUCAAGCUCACUCCUUGGAUAGUCCAGUUAAGGUUCGAUCAGGAGCUUCUCUCUGCAUUGCUGUCGUCGGAGCUACUGGUGAGUUGGCGAGAGGGAAGAUUUUUCCGGCGCUGUUUGCUCUGUACUACAGUGGCUUCUUACCUGAGGAUGUUGGAAUAUUUGGCUACUCGAGGAAGGAGUUGACUGAUGAAGACUUGAGAUCCAUCAUAGCAUCAAAUUUGACUUGCCGCAUUGAUCAUCAGUAUGGCAUCUCUCUAGUUCAGUUGUUCCCAUUUAUUUCCAGUUUUAGGGAGAACUGUGGGGACAAGAUGGACGCUUUUCUUGCUAGAACAUACCACCUCAAUGGAGGUUUCGACAACCGAGAAGGGAUGUCAAAGUUAAAUGCGAGCAUGGAACAGAUUGAGAGCGAGUCUGAAGCGAACAGGAUAUUCUACCUUUCUGUGCCUCAAGAAGCCCUUCCUGAUGUUGCAUCUGCUCUUGCUGAUUAUGCUCAAACACGAAAGGGCUGGAACCGUGUCAUAAUUGAGAAACCUUUUGGGUUUGAUCCACUGUCUUCUCAUCAGUUGACAAGAACUCUCCUUUCUAAGUUUGAGGAGAAGCAAUUAUACAGGAUAGAUCACUUGUUAGGAAGGAACCUCAUUGAGAACCUCACAGUCUUAAGGUUCUCCAAUCUGGUGUUUGAGCCAUUAUGGAGUCGGAAUCAUAUACGAAAUGUGCAGAUCAUUAUGUCAGAAGACUCAAGUAUGCAAACUGGAAGGUACUUUGAUGGUUAUGGGAUCAUCCAAGACAUAGUGCACAGUCAUGUUCUCCAGACCAUAGCCUUGCUUGCCAUGGAGCCGCCCAUAAGCCUAGAUGGUGAAGAUAUUCGGAAUGAGAAGGUCAAGGUUCUACGAUCUAUUCGCAAGUUGGAUCCUACUGAUGUAAUUCUCGGCCAAUAUAAAACAUCUGAUGUUGGCAAGGUCAAUGUAGCUCUAAACAGUUCAACACCCACAUACUUUGCUGCUGCAUUGUACAUUGACAAUGCACGGUGGGACGGUGUGCCUUUCUUGAUUCGAACCGGCAUGGGACUCAUCGAACACAGAAUGGAGAUACGAAUACAAUUCCACCAUGUCCCAGGACUCUUAUACCGAGAACGAAUUGGACACAACAUUGAUGCAGCCACGAACGAGCUGAUCCUCCGGGAUGUACCAGACGAGGCAAUCCUAGUGAAGAUCAACAACAAGAUUCCAGGCUUGGGUUUGCAAUUAGAUGCAUCAGAACUAAAUUUGCUCUACAAGGACAGAUAUAACUUGGAGGUGCCCGAUUCGUACGAGCACCUCCUCCUGGACGUCGUCGAUGGCGACAACCAUCUGUUCAUGAGAAGCGACGAGCUUGCAGCUGCAUGGGGGAUCCUUUCUCCCGUGCUCGAGGAGAUGGACAAGAACCAUACAGCGCCGGAGCUGUAUGAAUUAGGAGGUAGAGGUCCAGUCGGAGCAUACUAUCUGUGGGCGAAACACGGUGUUCGUUGGUUGGAUGACUGA